AUGAAGUUGGGAGAUGGAUUUUGUCUCGCGCGCUGCAAAGAGUGCAGAGAAAAGGCUUCUUCGACGCUGGCCAAGUCCGACCCCACCCAUAUGUUUUCUUUUACUCCAUGGUACGCCCCUCGAGUAAUGCUCAGGACACCACGCCGACCAUGGGAUAAAGACGCUUCAUCGCACCACUCUUUAGGUCUACAUUGGUGUCUACCAGUCUUUCGGGUGAGUGAGAAGGAAAAUGUCACAAACAUUCGUCUCUCUCAAGAGCUGAGAGCGUUUGGUCAAGAGUAUGGCGACCUACUUUGCCCGCAUGUCACCUAUGACGAUGGGCAACUCGUAAGGCCUUUUGACCCACAAAGUUGCGCCUGUCUAGGGGUGGAUAGUCGGGUAGGCGCGGUUUCUGGCGCCAAGUCUCCGGUGGAAGGGUGCAAAUUUGGGUGGAGGUCUUGUAAAUCAAUGGCCAGAGAAAAUGAACGCGAUAAAAGCAUGUUUAUACCAUUUGGUGCUGAGGAUUGUCACAAGGUUGAAUGUAGAGGCUGUGACACAACAUAUCAGUGGCACCGUUUUGACGCCGACGUGUUUCUAUCCCGAAGAUCGCUUGGCGACUUCGUUACAGGGAAGAAUGAAGAUAGCGAUGUGCAUAAUGUUGAUGCGCUUCUCGAUCCGAAUACCUAUUAUUCGAAUUCGGAUCAUGAAACGAAACACCUUCUGUGGAGUGACAACAAGGACUGCCGGAAUGGAAGGCGAUGGAUUGAAUAUGGAAGGCAUCUAAGUUGA